AAAAGGGCCAGCACAACAAACCAGUGGGGCAUUUCUAAACCAGAAACAUAUUCAACAUGGACCUUGUUCUUCUCUGUGUAUUCCUACCACUGGUGACGGUGGCUUGGGGCCAGUAUGGGGAUUAUAACUAUCAACCCUAUGACUACGGGGGUAAUGAUGAGUGGGUCAAUGUGUAUCGUCAGGGCUUCAACUUCCAAUGCCCGCAUGGCCAGGUGAUAGUGGCGGUAAGGAGCACUUUCAGCAAGAAGGAAGGCUCUGACAGACUGUGGAACUAUGCAUGCAUGCCUACGCCCCAGAGUCUUGGGGAACCAACAGAAUGCUGGUGGGAAGAGAUCAACAGAGCUGGAAUGCAAUGGUAUCAGACCUGUUCAAAUAAUGGACUAGUGGCAGGGUUCCAGAGCCAGUAUUUUCCAUCUGUGCUCGAUCGGGAGUGGCAAUUUUACUGCUGCCGCUACAGCCGGAAAUGCUCAUACUCCUGUAGUAUGACAGUAGAACAGCCAGGACACUAUGGAGAAGAUAUGGACAUGAUGAUGUACACUUAUGAUCAUUACAUCCGGGGAGCAACUACUACUUUCUCUGCUGUGGAAAGGGAUCGUCAGUGGAAGUUCAUCAUCUGCAGGAUGACAGACUUUGACUGUCAAUUUCAAAACCUUUAGACAUAUUGACUAUACCAAACUUGGGGAGGUGAGGGUGGGGGGGAAAGGGGCAAUUAAACUCACAAAGAGAACAUCAAGCAGCAUCAGCUGGCUGCUGACGUUACAGUUCUUCUCCUUUGCCUGUGGAACUGAUAACGGCAGUACCAGCCCACGGCACCUUUUAGUCUAGUAACAUGAUUGCAGCUGCAACCUUGGAGGACGCCCUUGAACAUUAUGUGUAGCUGCAUCUCACAGCUAAAAUGCUUAUGAUAUACACACAUUUUAUUAGCAGUUAUUUCUUUUUGUAUUUAGCCACUUCGCACAUGUGCAACAUUAUUUUGCGUAUCACCUUUGUGUCAAAUGCCUCCCAUCCCCAAACCACUGCAUACAAGGUUAAAAUACAGUAGAAGCUCUCCCGUGUGCACUUCAUUACUUUUUCCACACCUUCUAGUUGGCACACAAACCCCAAUGGUCUUUUCCCACUUCUCAGCGUUUAAAAACUGAGACUGUGCUCUAGAAAGAUUUCAUAUUGCCAGGAUCUUGGCAUUGUCCAUAUUGGGGAUUUGCUCCAAUUCCAGCCGUUGGUAAAACUGCACUAGUGCAAAUCCCUUGUGUGGACUGGCAAAGUCACUAUUUGCAUUAGAAGAAUUUAGCCCUGUUUGAAAUUGGAGUAAGCUCCAUCAGUGCAAAUAGCAGCUUUAUCUGUUUGUAUUAGCAGCCUGAAUCUCCUUUAGACUUAGGGUAUACCUACACUUCAAGCUGGGGCUGUGAUUCCCAGCUUGAGAAAACAUACCUGUGCUAGCUCUGAUCCACGUAACGGGCUAAAAAUAGAGUGUAGCAGCGGCAGUGCAGGCCACCGGAGGGUCAGAAUCCCGGAUGUUCCUAAUCACAUCAGAGUCCAUGCUGCCAUGUCUUCUAGAUUGGCCAUGCUCGUUAGAUUAAAGCUGGUGUGAGUGUAUCCACACGAGCACCAGUCACAACCUCCAAGUGCAGUGCAGACAUAGCCUGAGUGAUGUUUGGAAAUGCUCAUUUUCAAGUGUAUGUUCUCCCUUCCCCAUGUAAUUGGCAGCCCAUGAGCUACCAGAUUUCAAGAAUGUCACUCAAAAGGACACUUGUGCAGUUGCAGUCCAGACAGAUGACCUUCUGAUGACUUCUGCCAGAAAGGUCAAAUAUGGGAUUUUUCACACUCAGAGACAUUUAGGGCUUGAGCCUUCACCAAAUGAAAUCAAUGACAAAGUUCCCACCAUCUUCAGUGGCACAUGAUCAGUCCCAUAAUGAAGACAUGCACCAAACUCAAGAUUCUAAGAUCAAGAGAAACACGGACAUGAAUGGAGUCAAUCAUUCAGUUACCCCAUCCCAAGCAUCUCUCUUGUACUAGGUAUCUACUAGCAUACUAUGAAAUGUUAUCAUUAAAACACUUGUCAAAUAAAUGAAUUAAGAACA